AUGUAUAAGGUUACCUUCAUUCUUUUUAUUUCUGCCAUUGCAUUGAUCCAUUCGGCACCAAAUUCGAAAGAUAUGGACCAAACGGAUCCCGUUCUGAACGCUCCCUUCCAGGCAUCGCUUCGUUCACUGCCAGUUAGCAUACACUUUUGCAGUGGGUCAAUUCUGUCCGAGCGUUGGAUCCUUACGGCAGCUCACUGUGUCCAGGGUCGAACUAAAACAAGUUUCAAGAUAGUCGUUGGAAGUUACACGUUGGAUCCGAAAGGAUUGGAAUACGAUGUGGAUGAUCUUCAACUGAACCCAAGUUUUGAUCCAAUUUUCUACGAAAAUGAUGUGGCUCUCGUGAAAACGGCUUCUAACAUAGAAUUGAGCAGCGAUGUUCAGGUGAUCAGUUUACCAGGAGUGGCGUCCCCGGCCGGUGAACUUGUGGUUCUUACUGGAUGGCGAUCGGAUAUCGAAGAAGAAACCCCCAACGACAUGCAGAUGGCCCGCAAGGUUACGCUUGCGAACGACGAGUGCCGGCAAAUUCAUGCCGACGGUGAUUCACAUGUCCAUAUCUACGAUUCCAGUAUAUGCGCUCGUCCGCGAAUGACCGGGUGUUACUGUAUUAUCGAUGCCGGUGCCCCACUGGCUUCGGAAGAUAACGUACUGGUGGGUGUGUUCUCACUAUCAGCUGGCUGCGGGCGUAUGCUGCCCGCUGUCUAUACCCGAGUUCAAAGCUAUCGCAGCUGGAUUUCGACGAUAACGGGAAUCUAAACUGUGUUCUUUAAUUAGAAGCCAACUGUUGCCAAUUGUGACC